GUGCGGGCCCAGUGGGAGGGGUCGGGGAAGAGCCGAGCGAGCGGUGCGGGGUGCGGCUCAUCGUUCGCCACGACGAGUCGACGACGAACCCGAUGCCGCCCCACCGCGCCGGAGGGGCCGCGGGCGGCGGCGACACGAGCGCGUUCUUCGCGGCGACGCUAGUGCUGUGGGCGGUGUCUGUGGGGUUCGAGAUCGGCGUGCGGGGGCGACGUGAGCUGGCGCCCGUGGCCGCCGGCUUCGCCUUCUUCCAGGCUGCCAACGCCGCGGUCCGCGCCUCGGUCUCCCGCGACCCGCUCUUCGUCAACACCGCCGUAUCCCUCCUCCACUCCUCCCUCACCUCCGCCUCCGUUAUCUUUGUUCUUGUCAAUCAAUGGCGUAAUAAGGGCCUCGAGAACAUGUUUGAGCAUGAAGAACUAUUUGGUGGCAGUUGGAUUGGAGCAUACUCUGCUCUCUGCUUUUCUUGUGGCUACUUUGCAUAUGACCAAUUGGAUAUGCUCCGUUACCGUCUAUACAGUGGAUGGAUUCCUGGAAUUCUCAUGCAUCACCUGAUCCUGCUCAUUUGCUUUACACUAGCUCUGUAUAGGAAUGUCACAAUCAACUACCUAAUUCUCUCUCUUGUGUGCGAGCUGCACUCCAUAUUUUUGCAUAUAAGGAAAGUGAGGCGGAUGGCUGGAUUUCGUGAUUCCAAUCGGAAAGUGGUGAAGCUGGAAUGGGUACUCAACUGGACGACCUUUGUGACUGCAAGGGUGGUGUGCCAUAUCUUGAUUACAUACAAACUCAUCGCUGAUGCCCACAAGUUUGGUAAGGGCAUUGAGCUUCCGCUAGCUCUUCUUGGUAUGGCAGGAAUGAAUCUGCUCAACAUAUUUUUAGGCCUCGAUCUAUUUAAAGCGUAUGCACGAGAAAGAAAUCAGCAGAGACAUCAAGAUUGAAUGCACCUUCCCUGAUGUACUCUAAAUUUUAGAAGGUUAUAGUUCUGUUCGUGUAAAGACAGAGAGGUAUGUUUAAGUCUUGGCGCUGGAGAGUAAACCGUUUGCGUAUGUAUACAUCUUUAUGCUUCGCUACCAGAAAGUGUUCGUUGGUAGUAUGUGCAUUACCACAUAGACAUACUAUUAUUAUUUAUUAGGACAAUGCUGAUCGGGACAUGCUUGCAGCAUUAUACAGAUUGCAAGUAGAAAGAAGAAAAUGGUAUCCAA